CUCAGUCAUCGCACAAUCUAUCUCCCAAAUUCUACUCUUGAUCUAAUCCUCGCUGUAUCUAUCUAUACGCUUAAGAGAGUGUCUCCACAACCAAAUUCGCUCCGCAACGCGCCUAGGGUCUUUGAGCACACCAUGAGGAGCAUUAUCUGGCAGAAGUUCUCGCUCGCGUAUCCAGCACUGGACAAGUCACUCAAAAUACCUUUCCGCAUUCUGUCACCACCGCUCUCUCGACUUCUCUUCUAUUAUAUCGGCACGUCUCGCAUACCCCUACACCCGCUGGAUGGCAAAGCUGCAGAAAUAAUCUCCGAAGGUCUGGAUGCUCUACAGAUAUACUCGAUGUUCUGUGUCGACAUCAACAAUGCUCCUCCGUCUACCCAGUCGAUGCUCCUGGCGCAUUUUUCAUCCGUUUGGAAGUGGAUCGUCUUUCUCAGCCCAGCCUCUCAUAAUCUCCGCGACCUCGACGUACCUUACAAGAUGCGUGAUAAUACGUGUCUUUUCUCCGAGGAUGGCUUUGUGUGCUCGCCUCUCGCAAACCGCAUGGGAGUCUGCUCCGAUAUCCUCGAAAAUCUCGUCACCAACGAUCUCGCGGUCAAAGCCAUGGUCGCGCAGCCGGACUUCUUUCCCGAACUCUUCGCGCUCAUCACUCACAUCCCAAAACUGAACAAGGAGAUAGCCUCCAUCAUGCAUCGUCUCUUCUACACCUUCCAGCAGCUUGUCUGCAAUAAGGACGCAUCCGUGGCUACCUGCGCAUGGGAAGCACUGAUGCGCUUUGAGGACGAGCACCCCGGCCUCUUCGCCGGCGUCAUGAUCGGCCGCCUCUCGUGGUUCUUCAACCCCAAAGGCACGUGCUCCGGCGACGACUACCACCUCACGGCCUACUCCGAACUUGCGCCGCGCAUCGCCACCGAUGCAACGCUCCUACGCAAUCUCGCGGCGACCAAAGCGCACAUUACGCUCGUGCGUAUCUCGGUACUGGUCACGACCGUGUUCGCGUGGCUGGAGGCCGAGCCCCAUCAGCACUAUGUUCUCUGCCUGUGGAUGGAGUUCCUCGGGUGCAUCCUCGGGCAGCGUGAAGGACAAAGGCGGACGCGAUCUAUGCUUGUCGAGUGUCUGGACUGCGGGCUCCUGGUUUUCCUGUACCGCAUCCUCACUGUGAGGCUGGAAGAUAUCCGCGAGGAUUCUCGGGAGCAUGCGGCGAACUGCAAAGCGCUCGUUGUCCGGUUCAUGGACGACGUCGUCAUCCCUAUGGCUGUUUGGCCCGCAGUGCUCUACGCGCUUCGUCGAUCUGUGGCCCGCGGCAAGGUGCUGCUCGACUCUUCAACCCUUGCAUGCCAGGACUCGUUGCAGUGGCGGACGCUCUCGCGUCGAUUUGAGGACUAUGACGCGGCCCAUAAGGGGUUUAAAAAGUAUAUCGCAGAGCUAAGAUCCUGCGCGAAUAUCACGUGCCCUCGAUCUCACAAGAACCCGAAGCUCAAGCUGUGCGCGUGCGCCAGAGCAUUCUACUGCUCCAAAGCCUGUCAACAAGCCCACUGGCGCACAUCCCACGGCGCGUGCUGCUCUCGGGAUCACAACGGCUUGGUCACCGUCUUGUCAAGCGACAUUACGGUCGAAGCCCAGGACAUGCCAAACUUCUACCGCUUCCGCGACCUCUCGCCUAGCUGGCUCACCUACCUCGAUCGUGCUUUCUUCGCGACGUGCGCGCGCGACCAGAUCGCGCGCUAUGGGGACCCGAACAAGCUGCGCGAUAGGGUAUCGGGGAAGCUCCGUGGCGUGCGCUCCGUGCUCGUCGAUUUCUUCGUGGCGGGGAAGGUGAGCGCGGCGGGGAGGGAGCAUGCGGAGAUAACGUACGGCGCUUUCGACCUUGAGGUGGAGUGGGCGAAGAGGGAGCUGGGUAUCGUGGAGAGCGAGGAGCAGUUAGCGAUGGUAGCGGUUUGGGUCAGGGUGGGAAUCAGUGGUGGGCAGCCGAUGGUGAUGGAGGUUGGGGUGAUGUCGGCGACGGACUUGUUAGGGGAAAGGAGAGAUUGAGGCGGUUCAUGGACCGUCGACCUUCUUGUUUCGGAAGGACACUGAAGGUGCGCCGAAAGUGCCUAUCUGGCGAUACUAUAGCUCGCUUAAUUUCGUUCAUAUUCGUCGGCAUGUACCCUUGUUUAUCAAUCGCUGCGAAUGGCCAGUCGCCAGGAUGCAUGGUGUUCGCCGC